ACCCUCCUCUGCUCUUCUCCCAACCUGCUCCUCCAAACCUGGACUAGACCCGGUUCCGUGGGAGCUAAAGACAUCACGGAACUUCCACGCGGCCUUUUCCCUGGUGAUUCGCAUCCCUUGACGACGGUAACGGAGCUGCCUACGCCUCCUAACGGACUGAAAGGACCGGGCAUUCAAGGCGAGGCUGACUGCAGGGAGCCGGGGAGGAGCGAGGAGCUGAAGAGUUAAAGAUGAUCAAACCAGAGCAGAGGAGAGGGAGGGCGGUGUGGUUCUGAGCAUGCUCAGUGACUGACUUCCUCAGUGUUUUAGAGGAGUGCCUCAGCCCGGCGUCUCACUCACUCUGUGCUACUGACGAGGAGGAACAGCCCAGUCUAUAACACCUGGAUCUGGUCUUUAAAAGAUUUAUUCAGACAGAUGUGUUUUUGUAUUGUCAGAACACAGGGCCGCGAUGUUUGACCUUGUCUGCUUUCUGGGAAAUAAAAGCCUUGGAUUUUUUUCAUGUCUUUGAAUAAUUUCACCACCGUCUGACAGCAGCCCACGCAGCAGAGGGGAUUUCUCUAACUUUGAACUUGUGCAAUCAUCUGCUCCAUUUGAGGCUGAUCUGAUAAAGUGCUUCUGUGAAGAAGAGGAAGAGGAGGAGGAGUAGGAAGACUUCUUAAACCUGCUGCACUUCUCUCUGAGCCACAGGUCAUCUCUGUGUGUUUUGACUGUUUGUCUUUUCUGUUACACAUUAACCACGGAGGGCCAAUAAACUCUGAACAUGGGCUCUGAGAAAGACUCGGACUCCCCCCACUCCUCAGUGAGUGGGGUCCCAAACCCCAAGUGUAAGCGGCAGGGCCGGAUCUCUUUCCACAGCCUGUUCCACAGAAAACGUUCUCGAGGCCGGGCUCCUAAAGGGGCUCCAGUGGCCCCUGUGUCUCAGCCACACAGCCUGCCUCUGCUACCCUCUGCUCUGCCCUCAGCUCUGCCUUCUGGGCUCACCUCUCCACAGGACCUCCCCUCUGUUGCUCUCCCCUCUGUCCCUCCACCCUCAGGGCUCCAGGACCCUGUUGCGCCCCUAUCCUGUAGCCGGGCGUCCCUGUCAGAACCUGGGCUACUGGAGUGCCCCCUGUGCCUGGUGCGGCAGCCCCCGGAGCAGCUGCCCGAGCUGUUGGGCUGUAGUCACCGCUCGUGCCUCUGCUGCCUGCGUCAGUACCUCCGCAUCGAGAUCACAGAGAGCAGAGUCCAGCUCAGCUGUCCUGAGUGCUCCGAGCGCCUCGUCCCCCGGCAGGUGGCAGACAUCUUGGAUGACCCUGUCCUCCUGGAAAAGUACGAGGAGUUUCUGCUGCGGAGAUGUUUGGCAUCUGACCCCGACUGUCGUUGGUGCCCGGCUCCAGACUGUGGGUUUGCGGUGAUAGCGUCUGGAUGUGCAAGCUGUCCACGGCUGGUGUGUCGCAGAGAGGGUUGUGGAGCGGAGUUCUGUUACCACUGUAAACAAGCCUGGCACCCCAACCAGACCUGCGACUCUGCCCGCCAGCAGAGGGCGCAGUCUCUACACACGCACAGCAACCACUCGCCCAGUUAUACCCAGGAACAGGGGCCGGCUGAUGACAUCAAACCAUGCCCUCGUUGUGGCGCUUACAUCAUCAAAAUGAACGACGGUAGCUGUAAUCACAUGACCUGCGCCGUCUGUGGCUGUGAGUUCUGCUGGCUCUGUAUGAAGGAGAUCUCUGACCUGCACUACCUCAGUCCUUCUGGGUGCACGUUUUGGGGGAAGAAGCCUUGGAGCAGGAAGAAGAAGAUCCUGUGGCAGUUGGGGACCCUGAUUGGAGCUCCGGUCGGGAUCACGCUCAUUGCUGGGAUUGCGGUUCCCGCCAUGGUCAUCGGAAUUCCAGUCUAUGUGGGACGAAAGAUCCAUGCUCAUUACGAACUGAAGAAAUCAUCCCGUCACCGUAGAAACCUGGCGAUCACAGGAGGCGUGGCCCUGUCGAUCGUGACGGCCCCAGUCAUCGCAGCCGUCAGUGUGGGUAUUGGGGUCCCGAUCAUGCUGGCCUAUGUGUAUGGGGUGGUGCCCAUCUCUCUGUGCAGAGGAGGGGGCUGUGGAGUGAGCCGUGGAAAGGGGCGGGGCGUCCGGAUUGACUUUGACGAAGACGAUGGACCAAUUACAGUGGCAGAUGCAUGGAGGGCACUGAAGUCGCCCAGCCUGGGGGAGAGCAGCCUGGACGGAGCAGUGAGCGGUCUGAGCACCACGACCCCGAGUGAGGCCGUGUCUGUGGCCCCCGGAGCACUCAAUGAGACGCCGCACUUCAACACACUGGCAGGGGGCGCUCUCGGCACACGCACUGGCAAAUACAGCAGGCUGGAGGUCCAGGCUGGGGAGCUGAAGGAGCAGCCUCAGAGGGAGACUGGGAGCCUGGGUGCAGGCAGUGACUGUGCCAGCACCAGGGGCAUGGCUGGGUCCAUCAUCUCCUCCUACACACUGCCCGACAGGGAGUGCACAAACCUCGAGAUCCAGGUGGACAUCGAGACCAAACCGAGUCACUUGUGUCUAACCAGUGAAGAGGACCUGACCCCUCCGGCCGGCUCCGCGCCCCCGCCCGCCCCACACCCCCCCUCCGCGCCAGACGAGCCCCAGGACUGCAGCUCUCGACGGGGGGGAGCCCUCAGCCUCUCCCCUGGCGCCUCGGUUCGGGACGGGCUCCGAGACGUGACCCUGGCCCAACCCGAAAGCAUCCGGAGCGAUUUGGAAAUGUCAGACACUCAGUCGGACGAUAUCGCAGAACUUACCUCUGACGACUGCGACUCGCCCAGACCCAAAACCUGCCCCCCGUCCUGCCGCGCCACGCACCCCCCCACAGAAGGCCUUCAACACUGUCCCGACAAUGUAAUCCUGUACGUGUGAGGAGUCUGCACACUGCAAAAACAAAUGUCUACACAAGCUUAAAUUACUUGAAUUUAAAACACGUUAUUUGAAUAGUUUUUACUAAUUUAGAUUAAUUUAUGUAAAAUUAUUUGACUUAUUUUGGAAUAUAUUUGACUGCUGAUACAUUUUAAGCUUAAAGGUACACUAUGUAACUUUUCUGACAGAGGGUCCACCUUGAAGAUAUUAUUUUGACUGGAAUACUCCACUGUAUGUCAUUAAAUGUUCUGUAUUUAGAUCUUGGAUUUGUUCAGUUACGUCUAUUUAUAACUCUAUAUACACACAAAUCUGACCUAUAAACUGGCCUAGUGGAGUCACUUGUUGGUGUGGGACCUUUUAGCAACGCACUGUCUCCAUGGAGUAGACGACCCUCAGCCAGAAAAGUUAAAUAUAGCACCUUUAAUUCUCUGCCAGUGGAGUCAUAAAUAAAAAAACGUCUAAAUUACAAGUAUCAUCUGCAAAUGUUAUGCUUGCCAAUAUAGAAAGGUCAUAGAUAAAACUGAAAUCUACAUAUCCACCUACUGCAUAUGCUGCCUAUUUAAUUUAGGGACAACAAUCUGUCAGAAAUAGAUUAUUAUUGCAAUUAUCUGAUUUCAAGUCAUUAAAGUGCGUGUGGUGGGUUUUUAUGAUCCUCUCAGUAAUUUAGUCAAUAGUUUUUUCAAUAAGCAAUUUGCGUUUUGAGAAUUAUAGGAAGAAAGAUGUUAUAAAAUAUAUGGAUGGCAUCACACUAGGGAGAAUUUUAUCCAAGUUAGGCAGACAUCAUUUCAAAAUAAAGGGAUUUGUCGUAUUCUUAUUUGUGAAAUCACAUUUUGCGUGUACAUUAGAGGAGUGUAUAACAUGGUUGCUAAGUAUCAGUUAUGAAAUUUCCUAGUGUGAUGUCACAAUUUUCAACCAGGAAGUAGAAUUUUUAACCUGAAAAUUUACCGAACUGAAGCUGAUUUUUUUUCUAUGUAAUGACCUUAACUGUGUUUUAGUAAAAAGAGCAGUGUAACCUGUCAAAAGCACUUUAAAACUAAUUAGUUAGACAUUUGUUUUUUGCAGUGCCCACUCACCACAGUGUCUACUUACCCCUUUCAAGCUUUUCAUUUUUGGGAACUGCUUUAUUUAGAAAAAAAAACAAGACAACUUAAAUUGUUUACUUGUCAAAAAAUUGCCUCUACCUCUGAAGUUUCUAAGUUUACUUCUCGGUGCAAAAAUGCCUUGGCUCUUUAAGCAAAAAAGAGGAACAUAUUUUCCACGAUAGAGAUGAAUUUGUAAUUUCUGGUGAAUUGCCACCAAGCACAGUAAUGGUUGAAGAAAAUGGAUGAGAUGAAAUGCGCGAGAGUGGAUUUGGACACGCUUUAGUUUCUUAUUUUCUUGUUUUUAUGUUUAAAAAUGACCUUGACGAUGUGUUUAGCUGCAAGCAUGUUUGCAUGAAUGACCAGAGAACAGAGAGACUGUUGUUACGAUGAGGUGCACUUGAAUUAAACGGACCAAUAGAUUUUAAACGAGAAGAGACGGGCUUUGAUAAUGACCAGAAAAACAGCUACAAUGAGACUUUAUAUAAUGUAAUAGCUAUUGUUCUUAAUAUAUUUACUAUUGCUAUACAGUAAGUACUAGUCUAAAGUACUUGCUAAAAGAUAAAUUCAGUCUAAUGCAUUCUUAUUGAGAGCGGGGUUGGCUUCCACAGAUCCGACUUGUAACUUGUAAUAGUGAUUGUCUCCAUUGAGAGAUUUAAUUCCCUGCUGUGAAACAUUUCAGGCAAAUAUAUUUAGUGUUGCUAUUAAAAAAGUACUUGCCUAGACAGAUGCUAACAGAAGCUCCUGCUGGAUGAAAAGUAAUUUAUAUUUAACUUUUUAGUAUAUACUUAUAUUUGUACAUUUAAUUUUAAAGUUUGCAUUGUAGUUUUUAUAAUAACUACUACAGAUUUUGAGUAUAUUAAUACAUUUUAUGCCUCAAUUUUACUAUCAAGCUCUAAAUUUGAAAAAAAAAAAAUUGUACUUAAAAGAUUAUGAUUUAUGUAAUCUAGAGAUAAAUAAUUAAAUGUAAAGCUUACCAAAAUAACCUGAAAGUUUACCUUCAACUUGUAAGAUGUAAAAAAAAAAAAGAAAAUGUAAGUAUAACCCAUUACAUUUGACAUAAUUUAUAUCCAAUCCUGGUCAUUGUCAAAUCUCUCAUCUCUGAUUGGCUCUGGCUUGUCAUGUGACCAGACCAGUAUUUUACAAAGCCCCUAACUUUUAAUUUGAACAUAAUAAUCUCACUGUAAUUAUAUGUUGAAUGUGCAAUUUCCUUUGUUUUUGGGGGACAUCUCUGUUUACAAAGACAUGUGUUUCUAGUCAAACCAUAGUGUUUAUAUUAUCGACUUGUGCUUUAAAUCAAAUUAUGGGAUGUUUGCAGUGUGUGGAUGCAAGUCACUUUAAAACAAAUGGAGAAAAUGGUUGUCUUUCACUACGUUUACAUGCACAGAGUACUCCGGCUAUGCUCGUUGCCUGGUUAUAAUCCGUUUACUAUAAAAACUACACCUUAAUGACGCUUGUAAGGAAGUAAGACAAGAUAAAUAGUGUAAGACUUGAUAACUGUUUAAUUAAUACUCAAACCCUAACCACUAAAUUAAGAUGUCCAUUAUGAAUUAACUGUUUCUUCAUGCUUUAUUAAGGGUAAUUAAGGUGUGGUUAUUAUGAAGUGUUACCAAUAAGUGGAGAAAAAAGGUUGUCAUUGGCCUUGUUUACGUGCACACCGAAAUCUGAUUGUAAUCUGAUUUCUGGACCUUUAAGAUUACUCGAUGAUCAGAAAGAUAUGAUUUUGAUGAUGAUGAUUGCUUUUUAUAUUGACCUUAUUUGGCCCCGCCCACCCUGCCCCAUAAACACUUUCUUUGUUGUGUCCGAUUAAGAGGGACUCCCAUUCUUUUCAAUGGUGAAUCUGGGAAAAGUUUUGCCUUAAAAAUAUGAUAUAAAAUAGUCUUGAUUUGUGCAAAAUGUUCAUGUGUGCCAACGAGUCAAGCCAACACCUCAUUCAUUCUCUGGGGAGCUAAAACAGCUCUGUGGGCUGAAUAGAACUUAUUUGCUGUCAAAAUUGUCCACCCCAUACAAAAUAAUACAACCCAAAUGACGAUGGCAGCGCCCACGGCAACUUCCAGAAUAAAACGAAUGAAUAAUCUCUAAAAAAAACCUGAAAAACUGCAAUAUUAAUCAGAUUUUGAGUAUGCAUGUAACCAGCCAGUGACUACAUUUACACACAGAGAGUACUCCAAGUACGCUCACUGUCCGAUUAUAAUUAGAUUUCAGAUUUCUAGUUGGAAAUCCUGUUACAGUCAGAGUAUGUCAGCUUUGCCCGUGUGCUUAUAAACGUAGUAGUUGUCUUGAAUGUAUUAUUGUCCCAGUUUAGUUUUCAAAUGAGCACUCGUUGCACUUUAUCAAAUGUAUCUUGAAUCUUUAUGUUGCUGCUGUGAUGUUGCUUCGUCUGAACAUUUCUGUGGUACAACCAAAAACAAUCACCGUCACAAGCCUUGUACAAACUAUGAAAAUAUAUACGAUUUUUAGUUUGAAACGCCUUGCCAUUUUACGACAUUACACAAACUGGCACUGCCUACAUCUCGCAUUAACUUGGUAGCAGUUUAAUAUCUCUGUAUUACAAUCAAAAUACUUACAUGGUAAUUACUGUCUGUUACUUCGAUUCUAUUGCGUAAUGAUAAUAUGAUUAAUUCUAACCAGUGAGACUGAAAAUGAACAGAAAAAUGAUUAGUAUUCUCUUGUUUAUGAUAUAGAAACAGGGCAGCUAAAUGUGUUCAUGCCUCUUUAGUUACCAUGCGAUUAGGCUGCGUUCACAGUUGUCAAGACCUGGUUUGAGUCCAGUUUAGUCCAGUUGUAGACCUGGUUUUGUCUUGUUCUAGUCCAGGUUUAAUUCCGGUUUUGGUACCAGUUUAGACCCAGUUUCUAUGUGCAUUUGCAAGUGUGAACGCAGCUGCAGAGUCUUCUGUAAAGCGAGACAAUUAUUUAAAAAAACAAACAAAAAUGGCUCUCAGCUUCUAUCACCUCUGUGCUUCUGUUCAGCAGGUUUCACCAGGUUAGUGCCCCCUAUAGAUCAUAACUGGUACAUGCAACAAAUCGACAUUUGAGAGUGUAGUAAAUUAGGUAAACAUUAAUAAUAGUGGAUAUUUUUGGUUUCAUGUGGCAACUAGGAAUUAUGUGGCUUUAAACGUGAGUUGCCCAGUGACACAACAGAGGUUUGCACUAUGAAAUGUUGAGAAUGGUUAUUGUAAUUGUAGUUAAAGAAGAAUUGGAGUGUUCCACCGUAUGGCAUUAUCUCACCAGAAAAGGUCUCUAGUGCAUCUUUAGAUCUACGUUAAACUAUCUACAGGGGGCCUUGAUGUAACUCCACUGCUUAAUUUUGCCUAUAACACCUGAAUGUAUCACAAAUGAGACAAACUUAAACCUAAAAAUGUUGAACUCUGUUGGGAAAUGUCCACUGAAAACAUGACUGGUCCUGUCUUACUUUCAAAGGAGUAUUUAGAUAGCAAUAUUAAAGUGUUACUGUACGGUCUGUGUGAUCACUGUUAUGUGAACCAGGUGGGAAAUGUGAAUGAAAAGUUGUGGAUUUUUUGAAAGAAAAAUAAAAACAAUCCAAUGUUGCACCAAAA